AUUUCUAAAAAUAGGAUCUUUUGGGUUAAAUUUCUGGAGAUUUAUUUCCCAGGCCGCCGCCGCCGCCGAGAGCAAAUCCAACAAAAUUCGCGCGCGUCUCGCGUCCAUCAUCGCCCUACCAUCCAAAUCCAAAAGCCCGCCCUUUCGCCCUACAAAAGAGGCAAGCUUGCAUCAUUCCUCGUUCGCUCUCUCUCUCCCAGAACGAUCCGGCGAGAAGGAUUUGGGAACUUCCAUUUGGCGAUUUCUGCAAGGGAGUGGAGAAUGGGUGAAGGAGACGGAUAUCAAGAAGAUGGUGAUGCCAGAAGAUGUGCUUUGGGUGAUGUAACUAAUCUUGGGAAAAGAGGGCUUAUUUUGGAUUCAAAAAAGAUUUUUUCAGGAGAAGGGAUUGACGAAAACAGUCAAGCCAAUGUCGAGGAUAGUUUUGGAGAGGAAAGAGCUUUUAAGAAAUGGAAAACAGACAUUGAUGGCAAAACCGAAGCUUUGGUUGACAUAAAAGGGAAGGGCCUUUUCUCUUCCGAGGCUAAAGAGGCAGGCUGGCCUAUGACUCCAAACAUCAUAGGCAAUUUUGUCCAGAGAAAUAUUGAAUCUGAUUUGGUUUCCCUGCAAAAGAGUUCUGAUUCAUUAGCAAAUGAGACUGUUGGCAAGUUAGGAUCAGGCUUUAUAUCCACUGAGCCAGUGCUUGUGCAAUGUGAUAAAUUAUUCCUAACUGAUUCAGAAGAAGAUUUUUCAGAUGGUCAUGGAACUGAUAGUGCUGGUUCUACUAGAUACUCUUUCCAAUCAAAGGAAGUUGAAAACAGUUCGACUGCACUAAAAUCUCCUGGCUUAGACUUUACAACUUUGAAGGAAGGAAAUGUUCAUGGUUGCGAAGGUCCCUGGAAGUUCCAAAAAACAUCUGGCUCAUCGAAAGGCAGUAUGGAUUCUGGUGUAAAUGAAUCCAGUAGUGUCCCAAGUUGUGGCAAAGUUGGAAUGCUGGAAGAAUCUUGUAAAUGCCCUUUUUGUCUCAAAGCGGCUUACAUAUGGGCAGACCUAAAUUAUCAGGACACUAGAGCCAGACUUGCCGAAUUGAAGAAAAGCAGAAGACUUGCGAAGUCUUUAGAAGCACGAAGUUGCAGCAACAAAAGUAGUACCAAAGCUGCUCGAAGGAUCUCAGAUACAUCUGCUUCAUUGGAGUCUGAAUUAACUCGACAGUGGCGAUCACUUUUCCUUUGCACAGAGAAUAUUGUUGCCCGUGAAGCUUUUGAGCUUCAUGACAAAUUUCUCAGGCUGAAAGAGUUGAAGGAGAACUGCAAGAGAGACUUGGAGAAAAAUAGUUUGGUUCCUUCAUAGAAAUGAUGUUAUCCUAAGUCACUUCCCAGUUAUUUGAUUCAGUCAUUAGGUAGUUUCGCAAGGAAGAUCCAAUAUGGAGCAUCAAUUUGUUACUGAAAAUUCUGAGAGACCAUUUAAAUAAUUAAGAUUAUUGCUUAUUAAAUUACUUAGUGCCGUAUCUGUCAGUGAUUACUAUUUAUCAUAUGCUACAGCUACACCACAAACAGGCACUUAUUGUGUAUAAUGAUUGGAAAGGAAUAUCCAUGAUACCAUGAAUGUUUCAGUUUCAAUUUUGAAUUGUUGCUUUGCCCUUGGAGCUGGAUCAUCAGUUUAAUGUUGUACAUCGUGCUGUUCCAUUAAAAUCCUGCAGGCACAAUGAAUCAUUGUAUGAAUUUUCAACUUACUAUGCAAUUUUAUUUGAGUGUGAAGAAAAAAAAUCCAAUUUCGUUUAUUUCCAUGGUAAAAGGUGAUUGCUGUUUCUUUACUAUAAGCGGUAUGGAUUCAAUUUUCCUUGUAUGUCUCAUAUUGUCGACAAUAUUUUAUCUGUUUGCUUUAGUUAUCUGGAAUUUAAGUUUCACAUGUGAGUCAUUUUAGACUGCAUUGAUUGAUAGCAUUGAGGUAAGCUUUGAAUGCUGUAUGUACGAUAUAGAAAAACGACAAAUUGCAAACUGACCGUCAAUGCUAUCAAGGUGCUCCUGAAAUCACAGAGAUAGUGAAAAAUUUCUUCUACUCUUUUCGAACAACAGUGCAGGUUUGCCUCUUCUUUCUUGCUUAAACCAUUGAUUGGAUUCAUGAGUUCAAGUAUUUGUUCUUUUUUUUUCACUUAUAUCGUUGCUAUUUGCAUUGGUGGUAGCAAAUUUCAGCAACCUCUUUGAUUUUUUUUAUUUUCAGAAUUCAAUAUGAAGCAGUUUUAGCGAAGAUCUAAAUAUCAUCAGAAGUAUUCCACCUAUCUACAGUAAUAGUCUUCUCUUCGUCUUUUCAAUUUUAUUGCUAUAUAUUUCUUCGACAAGGCAAGUUCAGCGAGACAUGUUCUUGGAGUUGUUGAUGAGCGCAAUAAGGAGGUCGCCGACCAAGCUUUUUGAUUUAUCACUGUCACGACUGCUGCUGCUGCAGAAUUCAUUCCUUAUCAGACUUUCCAUGGUCUGACCACUCUUGACGGUGAAAAUACUGUUUAUGCUCUUAAUAUCGAUAUUGAAACGUGACACCACUGUUCUUAUCAGAAGGGUUUGCACAUCACUGACCAUCAAUCUUCUUUGCAGUUGCUUUGCGUAGUGCUUUUCAGAUCGCCAAGCUUGUGUCGUCUCUCUCUUCCUUUUUAGUUUUCAGAACUCCCAUCAGAAUCUAUUGCGGAACAGUGCUUCAUUUUAGUGUCAAUCAUGAACUCGUCUAAGAGAAAAAGACGGCGAAACUCACCUCCUUCAUGCUGCCUUUUGUCUUAUCAGAAACAUCUUUCUCAAGUUUGGAGUUGUAUUUAAUCUGAUAUGCUUGUUCGCAAGAUUUCAACUCAGAAGUGGAUUGUGUACAAAUUAUUUCGAUGAUGGUGUUAAGAUCAGCAUUGCUUCCAAAAAGUGCUGCCCUUAUUAUCUCAGCAUCUCGCUCGGAAGCUUCACUCACUCGAAGACUUACGGAGAAAGAAUCAUGUAGUUUGGCAAGGACAUGGAGGAGUUCAUGAUUAUAAAGAGCACGGUAGGUGACUCGAAUACGCUUGAUUGUUUCUGUAUUUGCUGCAAGAAUCUCCAUGAUUCUUUUUGGAUCCAUUGAUGUUGAAUUUCC